ACUGGAACACCUCAAAGUUGUCUGAGUUUACAAACAGAUCUGAGGCCAUUCAUCGAUGUUCUUCACGGCCGUCUGUCUUUCAAAAGCUUCACGGCUAGCCUUGACACCCAAGCGGGGGAACAAGGACUUCUAUAAAGGAACUAGACAGGCUUUUCUCCCUGGUGGACACCGCACAGGUGCCCCAGGAAAACAUGUCGUCCGAGGCGCUUCGAAGUACCGUUUACUGGACGAGAGAGUGAGGGUAUUUGUUGCUCCGAGCAUAGAGGAAUUCAAAAAAAGCGAGCUGAAGCCAUAUGUUGGGAAGGACGUUAAGCUCACAAUGGUAGAAAAGAAGGAGCUGUGGAAGAUCAUGCCAAAGUCACCAGCAUCAUCGCCAUCAAGCUGAACGAACAACUUUUCUUGGUGUCUGACUCUAUGCGCUACAACAACAUAGAACAUCGCAUCAUGCACGCUUGCCAUUGUGGCAGGAGCGGGGAGGGAGUGGGUGCCAGACUACAGGCAGCGGUCUUCAUACUAUAAAUACAGUCCAUACCAAAUAUUACUGAUUCAUUGCAGACUCUGCGAAGGCGUGCCUGGAUUGUGCUUCAGCGCAAUCCUCAGAUCUGGUGAUAUCAAGACAGUUUCUCAAGCCCGAUGCCCGGUGUCUAGGUCUGGACCUGCAUUAAAUGGAUUAAAUCUCGAUUUUGUAACUGCCAUAUCACAUUCAGUCACUUAUGCGC